AUGUACAUACGCAGAGUAAGUUCAAAGAAGGACAAGAAGAAUGCACUUUUGAUGGAACAGUUGAUUGGCAUGGUCGUCCUGCUAUCAAAGCCAAAUCUGGACAAUGGGCUGCUGGAAUUAUUAUACUCUUAUGCAUUUUCAGUCUUCAAAAAGAUGAGAAAGAUAAAUGAAAGAACGUUGAAUCAAGGUCUAGCAACACUUGCAUUCUUUGGUGUUGGUGUGAACUUGGUUCUGUUCCUGACAAGGGUUUUGCAACAAAGCAAUGCCGAUGCUGCUAAUAACGUUAGCAAAUGGACCGGAACGGUUUACAUCUUCUCUCUUGUUGGUGCUUUCCUCAGCGAUUCCUACUGGGGAAGAUACAAAACUUGUGCAAUUUUUCAGGUCAUCUUUGUCAUAGGUCUGGUAAUACUAUCACUCUCAUCAUACCUUUUCUUAAUCAGACCAAAAGGAUGUGGGGAUGAGCAUACUCCAUGUGGGUCCCAUUCAAGCAUGGAAGUUUCACUGUUUUACCUCUCCAUUUACCUCAUUGCUCUAGGAAAUGGAGGGUAUCAACCUAACAUUGCUACAUUUGGGGCUGAUCAGUUUGAUGAAGAGGACCCCAGGGAAGGGCAUUCAAAGGUUGCAUUUUUUAGCUACUUCUACCUGGCCUUGAACCUUGGCUCCCUCUUUUCCAACACCAUAUUGGGGUAUUUUGAGGAUGAAGGGAUGUGGGCACUAGGAUUCUGGGCCUCUGCAGGUUCUGCCUUUGCAGCACUGAUUUUGUUUCUAGGAGGAACAGCUAGAUACCGGCACUUCAAACCAAGUGGUAACCCUCUCUCCAGGUUCUGCCAAGUCAUCGUCGCCGCAAUGAAGAAAUGGAGGGUCGAGAUGCAACCAGAUGGAGAGGAGGAGCUGUACAAUGUCGAUGCAAAAGAUUGCUCGAUGAAUGGCAACAGAAAGAUUCUCCACACUGACGGAUUCAAGUUCUUGGAUAGAGCAGCUUUUAUCUCUUCAAGAGAUAUUGAUGAUCAAAAGCGGGGCUGUCGCAACCCAUGGCGUCUCUGCCCAAUUACACAAAUAGAAGAAGUUAAAUGCGUUCUGAGAUUACUCCCAAUUUGGCUCUGCACCAUAAUCUAUUCAGUGGUUUUCACACAGAUGGCAUCUCUGUUUGUAGAACAGGGUGCUGCAAUGAAAACUACCAUAUCGAACUUCAGAAUCCCUCCAGCCAGCAUGUCUAGCUUUGAUAUUCUCAGUGUCGCAUUUUUCAUUUUCCUAUAUCGGCGAGUUCUUGAUCCACUUGUGAGCAGAUUUAAAAAGACAGGUUCAAAGGGACUAACUGAACUUCAAAGAAUGGGUGUUGGCCUUGUGAUAGCAAUAAUAGCAAUGAUUUCGGCUGGGCUUGUGGAGUGCUAUAGACUCAAGUAUGCAAGAAAAGACUGCAAACGCUGUGAAGGCUCAAGCUCCUUGAGCAUCUUCUGGCAAGUUCCUCAGUAUGCACUUAUUGGAGCUUCUGAAGUUUUCAUGUACGUUGGUCAGCUGGAAUUCUUUAAUGCACAAACUCCUGAUAGAUUAAAGAGCUUCGGAAGUGCGCUUUGUAUGACAUCUAUCUCACUUGGGAAUUACGUUAGUAGCUUGCUUGUGACUAUGGUUAUGAAGAUCUCGACUGAGGAUCACAUGCCCGGAUGGAUCCCGGGAAAUCUUAACAAAGGUCACCUAGAUAGGUUUUACUUCCUCUUGGCAGCCUUGACAACUAUAGACUUAGUUGUGUAUAUGGCAUGUGCUAGGUGGUACAAGUCUAUCAAGCUGGAAGGCAAAUGCGAGGAGAAUGAUAAGCAAGAAAACUUCAGAGUCUGA